CUUCGCCGACCGCUCAUCGCAUGGCCGCAUGUCCGGCAUUGCAUUGCGUUGUCAGCGAUCGACUUGGACGACCGAUUCCUUGUGUCAUGCGCCUUCUGGCGAGCUCUCUCUCGACGUCUGGGACCCUGUGUGUCAUGAGCGGUUAUGGAAAUUGUGUGUCGUGGAGCUGCUCUGGAUUGCGUUUCUUUUUGCUCGUUCUGGCCUCAGAGGGAUUUGCUGGCGUAGUUUCUUCGAACGAGGAGGGUUUGCGUUGUGUCAAAUUUUCGUGGUAUCGAACCCUGCCGCGAUCUUCGUGGCUGUUUGAACGUAAAGGAGGACCUCGGAGCUCGAGUAGUUUAUCCGCGUCGUUGAGUGUUGGAAGCGGUUCGGAAUUCGUGGCGAGGGUGGUUGACGGCGAGGCGGCAGGCUGUCCGGGGGGGGGGGGGGUGGUUAUGAAUCGUGUAGAGAUCAUGUGCAGCCAUUCUAGGUUUUGAGGUUGUUUAAUUUCUUGUAGGUUUUGGUGCGGGUUUUUGUGGUUGCGGUAACCAUUCUCCAUGUAGAACCCACUUUCGAAUACUUUCGAAAAGCUUAGAAGCAUAACCUCGUCGUUGUUGCUCGUUGCUUGCUCACGGACUGUUACGAAAGUGCUUUUAAGUUAUUCUGUCAUAUUGCUGCGAGGCAAUUAUAUUGAUCCCUUAAUUUUUUAGACGUAACUUGACACUGCUUGGCAUACCACUAUCGUUGUUAUGAGUUAGAGUAUGCUGGACUCAAGAUUGCACCGGAAAGAAGGAUCGAAGAUAGUCACUUCAGGUCAAAAGCAUCUCCAAAGCAUUAUUGAGUUCAAUCAGCCGUAAACAUGCCUUCAGUUUCAGGGGAAUCGGGGUUACUUGACAGGAUUGGGAGCCAAAGGGAGGUGGUAGUCUCUUUGGGUUGUCUCUCCCUCGUUCUUCUCACACUUCUUUUUGGCCGUGGAAGCGCUGACGUGCUUCUUCUGAAUACAAGAAAUGAAUCUCGAUCUUUUCCAGACAUGGAAGCUGCCUUCGCUCGUCCCAUACCAGAUGAAGGUGUGUCUGGGAUUUUACACGUAGCAAAUCCACUUGACGCAUGUACCCCUCUUAAGAACGACAUUCCGAAGGGCGAGCGAUUACCUCCUUUUGUUGUGAUAUCAAGGGGUACCUGUAAUUUUGAUAAGAAGGUGAGAAAUGCUCAAAAGGCCGGGUUUCAGGCUGCUAUUGUGUACAAUACUAUAGACUUCAUCGACGAAUUGGUCACAAUGUCAGGCUCAGAUGAGGAUAUUGACAUAUAUGCGGUAUUUGUCUCUUGGAUUACUGGCCAAGCUCUCUUGGGUGCUGUGGGAGAAAAUAACACAUGUACAUUACUACCAGCUGUUAAGGACAAUGCCUGGUCAAUCACAGUUUUUUCUUCGAUCACUUUUCUUGCAGUGUCAGCGGUGUUGUCAACAUUUUUCUUUGUUCGACGUGAUAGAUUACGGGGUCUUGGUUCUCGGCUCUUAUCUCGAGAACUAUCUAGAAUGGAUGCUCGGGAUGUGGAUGCACUUCCUACAUUCGUUUUCAAAGGCGCCGGUAGUGAUGAAGCUGGUACUGGAGAGACAUGUGCAAUCUGCUUGGAGGACUAUGAGAGCGGAGAAAAGCUGCGACAUUUGCCUUGUCACCAUGACUUUCAUGUCGGAUGCAUAGAUCAGUGGCUACUCACGCGGAAGCCUUUCUGUCCAAUUUGCAAGCAGGAUGCAAACGUUACACCCGCUUACCCAGCUGCUACAGAGACAACUCCUUUGCUCGUUUCCCCUGUUGUCUCUAUUCCCGUCACGUCUUCAGCAGCUACGCAAACGUCACCAGUAGCCUCUCCUGCCGAUCAUACCCCCGAGUCGUCAUAUGCAAACGUGUCGGGAGAAGAUCUGUGUUAACUUCUGUGUCAAAUAUCUGACUUUCAGAAAGACAUCAAGUGGCAGAAAUCGUUACGGGGCGAGGUGUGCCACAUGAGUUUUUACAGAUUGGACUCUAAUUAAGUUCAUUCAUGUAUGUUAGGAAGGAUGCAGUACACAUCAAGGUUCCUACCACUUCAAUGGCGCGCCAUGCAGGUGAAGAUGGCUAGCAAGUGAUGUUUGUGGUUUUCGUAGCUUCCUUCAAUAUCUCUUAUUGAAGAUGAUGAUACGAAGGAUGUGAAUAUUGGCGGGACAGUUUAUUGUAGAGCAUUGGGUAUGUUCUGGUGUACAAUAGAUGUGAUUCGAGCAAGCUGUUAGAGCUGUUGCAAUACUGGUGCAACGAGGAGGAGACUUAAGCUAGUUUGUGUAUUUACAUAGGUUUUUAAUUCGACCAUCCGCCUGCUUUUGUUUAUGUUGUCUGUGUAGACUCCAGUAUCCAAUUGUGUGCACAUCGACACACAUAGCCGUCGUAGUGCCCUUCUCUAUUCAUUCGAUUAAAAUUCAACUCUUAGCAAUUGCCAGGCA